CGCUGUGCAGCGCGGCGGUGGCGGCUGGCCCUGCCCGGGCGGGUGGCGCGGGGCUCAUGCACGGCGAGGAGGGGCCUGGCCCCCAGCUGGACGGGCUGUUCCUGCGGCGCUUCCUGCGGCUGCAGGCUGUCCUCUUCCCCGGGUGGCUCUCCCCGAGCGCCCUGAUGUUCCUGACGCUGCUCGGCGUCGCCUUGCUGGAGCAGCUGGUUAUUUACCAGGUCGGUGUCAUCCCCAGCCAGUACUACGAGGUCCUAGGGAACAAGGACUUCUCUGCGUUCAAAAAACUGACUGCUGUUGCCCUGACUCUGAUCGUAGUGAACUCCACGCUAAAAAGCUUCGACCAGUUUAUCUGCAACAUGAUGUAUGUGAGCUGGAGGAAGUCCCUCACCGAAUACCUCCACAGCUGCUACUUCCAGGGACAGGUCUACUACAACCUGCACGUGCUGCGUGAGGACAUCGAUAACCCGGACCAGCGCAUCAGCCAGGAUGUGGAGAGGUUCUGCAGGCAGCUCAGCUCCAUGGCCAGCAAGCUCAUCAUCUCGCCCUUCACGCUGGCCUACUACACGUACCAGUGCUUCCACAGCACAGGCUGGCUAGGCCCGGUGAGCAUCUUUGGGUAUUUCGUCAUUGGGACGAUUGUCAACAAGGUAUUGAUGAGCCCAAUUGUGUCUAAGCUUGUGCAGCAGGAAAAGCUGGAGGGGGAUUUCAGGUUCAAACACAUGCAGAUUCGUGUCAAUGCGGAACCAGCUGCUUUCUACAGGGCUGGGCGAGUGGAGCACAUGCGCACGGACCGGAGGCUGCAGAGCCUGCUGCAGACCCAGAAGGAGCUGAUAGGCAAGGAGCUGUGGCUAUACAUUGGGGUCAACACCUUUGACUACCUGGGCAGCAUCCUUAGCUACGUGGUCAUUGCCAUUCCCAUCUUUUCUGGGGUCUACGGUGACCUGAGUCCAACAGAGCUCAGCGCCCUCGUCAGCAAGAAUGCCUUUGUUUCCAUCUACCUCAUCAGCUGUUUCAGCCAGCUCAUAGAUCUCUCCAGCACUGUGACUGAUGUAGCUGGCUACACGCACAGGAUUGGUGAACUGCAGGAGACCUUGCUGAGCCUUGGCAGAAAAAAAAAUGAUAACUACUCAGAAGCCAAAGCCAGCUGGGAUUUGGACGGUCUUAGCGUGAUCACUUACCCCCAGAUCUCUCCUCCUUUGUCUUGGUGGCGGCCCAGCAGCCAUUCUGGGGAGGACACGGCUUUCCUUCUGGAGCGAGUGACGCUCUCGGUACCAUCCUCUGGCAAGCUGCUCAUCAAGGACCUGAGCCUCAGGAUCUCAAAAGGAAAUAGUGUGAUGAUUGUGGGGAACACUGGCACAGGGAAGACAUCUCUCCUGAGGGUCCUUGGGGGACUCUGGGAGAGCACGCAAGGGAGCAUCAAGAUGCUGACCUGUUUUGGCCCCCGAGGAGUGGUGUUCCUGCCACAGCGGCCCUUCUUCACCGAUGGAAGCCUGCGCGAGCAGGUGAUCUAUCCCCUGAAGGAGAUCUAUCCAGUUUCAGGGUCUGCAGAUGAUGAGAGAAUUGUGCGAUUCCUCGAGCUGGCUGGGCUGGCUGAUUUGCUGGUGAGGGCUGGAGGACUGGACGAGCAGGUGGACUGGAACUGGUAUGACAUCCUGUCCCCAGGGGAGAUGCAGAGGCUCUCCUUUGCACGGCUCUUCUACCUCCAGCCAAAAUAUGCGGUGCUAGAUGAAGCCACCAGUGCCCUGACAGAAGAUGUGGAGCAUGAACUGUACCGUGUGUGCCUUCAGCUGGGCAUGACGCUGAUCAGCGUGGGACACAGGGCCAGCCUGGAAAAGUUCCACAGCUGGAUUUUGAAACUUCAUGGGGAGGGAAGAUGGGAGCUCACUCGAUGCGAGAAGAUGAAGCGGCUCCCAGCUGCGGAAGGAUGCUGAAAAACAUGCCCUUGUCUGGCCAGCCGCAGAACCUGCACACGCAUGGGAGAGCUCUGAAUAGCAGCCAUGGAGCUGCUGGGCCAGCAGCUGUCCAGAAGGGAUUCAUCCCGUGCAAGACCAGUUCUGGAUUUUGCUGAUGGACACAGAGCCAAGUCUGAACUCAUCGUGUGGUAUUCUGCCAGGAGCAGACACAUCUAUGCCAUCCUUUUCCCAGCCCCCUUUCUCCUGCCUCCCUACCUCUCGUGGAGGAAGGAGUUGAGCUGUUAGGCUGCCCAAAGAGAAGAUGUUGCCUCAUGGGGCUUGUAGAAGCAAAUGCCAGAGGAACCUCCACUUGUGCAGGAUACAGCCUCCUGUUCUGCCCUCUGUGCCUCGCUGGGACCUCUGUGUCUUUGAUACACAGCUCUGCAGAACAGACUUCUGUACCUGUGGCACUACUGAGAGUUGUGCUCCCCAGCAGGAGCCAGGGGAUGCACUGUAAGGGGAGAAGAAUGCUGUCACAGAGAGGGCGCAUGUCUCUGCUCUCCUAUGACACAGGGUUACAGGUCAAAGGAACGUUUUUGUAUUAAAAUCGGGCC